AUGUCCAAGCGAGGUCGACGAGAGGACGCGCUGCAGGCGGCCAGAGGGGAUCAGCAGGUCUCGGCCAAUGGCGGGCAGAACAAUCACACAAGCGGCUCAUGGCCAGACCUUGCCACGGGCGAACAGAUGGAUCCCGGGUGUCUGAAGGGGUGUCUGAGCUGCAUUCAGGAGGAGGCUCCAGGGUGCCAGGACGAGGGCAAUGCUUCGAGACAAGGACGGCUUGCCGGCUCGAGCAGUUGCUUUGGGCAUCCUCAGAGGGCGAUGCCGUUGUCUCUCGGCAGCUUUCUCCGUGCUUAUGGCCAGCAAGACCCAGAUGAUGGUGUGCGAUUGCAGGCGUAG